GUCGUUGUUUACCGUCGCCGUGGGUUCGGCCGGACACUCGCUGGCGGAACUGCCUCGGAAAAAGAAGGAGACGCAUUGCACCGCCGGAAGGCAAUCGAGACGAGCAGCGACUUUCCAAAGGCUUCCGAUCGCAGUUUCCAAAAAAAGCUUUACUAAGAAGAAAGAAAAGACAGGAAGAAUUAUUCAGCAACGCACGAUUCAGCAGCUCGACAACAACGCCGAAAGGAAAGAGAAAUAAUCGCUUUGCCAGCCGUUGAUCCUUCAUAUCGAACGAAGAGGACAAGCAUUCUCCCCCUGGCUUCUUGCACUUUCACGAGAAAGGCGAAAAAGUUCUGAGGGAUCGUCGUCUUUCCACUCGGCGCGCUUUUGAUUAUAGACAUCAUCAGGUGACGAGGAUCGCACAAGAGAGCACCGUCGAAGCUCUUUAUUGCGCCGGCAAGAAAGAAGAUCAAGAUCCGUCACUUCGCUCUGUGCUUUUAACUGUGGAAGGUGUCGCACAUUGAAGAAGGCUGCUCGAUUGCAAAGAGCGGCCGAGCAUUCUUCGGCAAUCUCGUCGAUUGCAGGAAGAGCUGGUAGAUAGAGCGUCGAGGAGAGGUCCAGUUUGUCGCACGUGCGACGGAUAAACAGGUCUUUUCGUUUUGUAGCAAUCGACGGAAAGGUUCGACUGUGUAUCGAGAAGUCGAGAACGACGUCCAGGCUCUCGGAGACUCCGACUCGACAGAGAGGGCGUCGAGACAACGUCACGAUCGCGAAAAGCGGCGCAAGAUAAAGUCGUGCGAAGAAGAAGUUGCGACCGGCCAGUAAAAAGUCAACGAGGGCGCGAUGCCGAGUUUUCCUGAGCAGUUUCGCUUUUAGGUGUAGGUGGAAGGAGGAGGUCGCGCGCGGCACCGCUGCCUGAAGAAAGGGGAGUACCAGCAGAAGAGUGUACGCGGGCAAAGUUGAGCAAAGAAAAGUUGAGCGGAUAACAGCGGCGUAAGACAAUCCUCUUUUCGUGAGCACGAUCAGAUAGACGCGGGAUAAGAUUAACAGGGAGAAGGCCAACGCGCACUGGCAGGUUAAGAGAUAAAAGGUAAACGAGCGAAGCAAAGGGAGAGAGAGAGAGAGAAAGAAACGUCAUUCGGGAUAAGUACAUAGGACGAAGAGGACACACAAAGGGGAUUCCGCUUAAAAACGAAACGGCGAACUUUCGCUACUUCGUAGCGAUUAAAGAAGUAGCAGUUGGAUGCAACGAGGGAGAUGAUCAGAUAAGAAUGAAGAAAUUCGUGACGGACUCCGGACUCGGCGGACUUCUCCCUCCCUCGUUCCCGAUCCUUUUGGGCUUGCUCGUCGUGGCGGUUUCAAGAGUAUCGAUCGUCGCCACCGAGAAGAGCGGCACGCCGAUGCACAGUGUCCAGUUAACGCAGAAGGGCUACAUCCAGUUUCUCAGGUGGGAAUUGCCGGUGCCGGAAAUCCAUGAAUUUACAUUCUGCCUGUGGGUGAAGUCGAUCGACCUCGAACAUCCUCACUCCAUCUUCUCGUAUUCAAGGAACGAGCGGGAACGUUUGAUUCGAUCUUGGAUAUCGUCGCGCGGAAGGAGCAUUCAUCUGGAAAUUGGCGGCCUCGAGGUAUUCCGAAGGCCAAUCCGCAUGCAGGAACAUCGCUGGUACCACGUGUGUCAAAGUUGGGAGAACCAGGUUGGUCGUUACGCCCUAUGGCUCGAUGGACGUUUGGAGUUGCAAGGUCGCUCCGAAGAGACGAUCCAUUACGUGAUCCCAGGAGGCGGCGAUAUCGUUCUAGGUCAGGAGUACACAGACUUUGACAAAGGACUCGAGGAAGGCAUCGAGGGCUCGGUCCUGGGUUUCAAUCUUCUGCUAGCCUCAGCGUUCAACCGCCUCGAUAACAGCCACCCGGAGCCUGCAUUGCAGCCGACCAUCACAGCUGGACUUCCGCUCACUGAGCUUCCGUUCGUCGCGGAUAUUCGCACUGAAGUAGCCAGACGCAACGCGGAGAAAACGACGCGCGCCAGCGUCGUCCCGAUGCAACUCGCGUUCGGUCCCAAUUGGUCUCGCAAGAUAUCUCGGAGAGACGACACGAGAAUACGGGACAAUGCCGUAGCUUUGCCGCUUCGAUUAAGUGUCGUCGCCAAUGACACGAGGAGAGAAGAGACGCCACCGAUUCACAGACGGGCGAUCAUCUUCGAUGACUCGAUCGCCAAUGCGUCCGGAGAAUCAUCAGACGCUCCCCUGGGUCUACAGUUGGUGAAAUUGUCGUACGUUCGCUGCCAACUGGGCAGAGGUAGCCCGCCUAUAGGCGGCCAGCUGAUGCUGAUCUCCUGGACCAAAACCCCUGUGAGGGUGUUCGGUGGCGCGAUCGUGAAGAACGUGGGCGACGAGUGCGGGAAGUUCUGAGGGAUGAGAUCGAACAAGAAAGUAUGCGAGAUUAUGCGAGAAAGAAUGUGCUUUCUUAACGGGAAUUAUUUUAUUUGUUUUACCAAGUUUUACAAACAAAAAGAAUUUAAAAAGUUGCGGUAAGUUUGAAGCUAGUGACUUUUUAGUUUUUUAGCGAAAAGGAAUUGUUCGUAUUUCUCCGGCGUUAUUCUCCUUUUAAUUAAUCGUGGGCAUUUCAUUCAGAUUUAUUACCAGUGCCAUCGUAACAGGAUUAACGCAGUUACAAAUAGACAUAAGCAGAUUUGAUUUAACUCUCGUACUGCUGUCCGCGAAAAUUACAUACGAAAUUCUCUCUCGUUGUAUGUCGAUUUAUACGUUAAAAUGCUCGAGCUAUGCCAUUGCCGGUUCAGCAAGGUGUCUCUUUGUAUAAGCGGAGUUUCGACAUCCCGAGGAUGCGGAUAUUCUGCUGACGUCGAUAACGCCAGCGAACGAACGCGGUAGCGUCUGAGGAUCCGGCCGGAGGCACUUUUCCUCCUGGCGAACCGCGCGAAUAUUGAAAUUCCGUUGCUUCUCGCAAUCCAGAUUGCUCCCAGCGAAUAAAGCGUACUAUCGAAUCGCCAUAUAACUCAUGUUACUUUUCUACGCGACAAUGUAGACGUCAUUCCUACUAGAAUCAUAUUUUUAUAAGGACAAUAGCGGAAAUAACUAUUUGCGACGAGAAAAAUGAAUCUAAGACACUUUGAAUAUUUUAUUCUCUUUUGUACGGAAAGAGGGAAUAUA